AUGACGAACGAUAGCUCUGUUAAUGGAUGCUGUGAACAUUCGGAACGUAAAGUCAACUUUGGUCCAGGACCAGCUCAAUUGCCACUUGAAGUUCUCAAAAAUGUUCAAGCUGAAUUUUUGAAUUAUAAUGGAUCAGGAUCGAAUGUUAUGGAACUUAGCCAUCGAUCAUCUGCAUUUGCAAAAAUUAUUCAAGAAGCUGAACAAGACAUUCGUGAACUUUUAUCAAUACCUGAAUCAUAUGCAGUUCUUUUCCUACAAGGUGGUGCCACUGCUCAAUUCAGUGCUGUACCAUUGAACUUUCUCAAUUUGAAAUCAUCGCAAACAGCUGAUUAUCUCGUUACUGGCUAUUGGUCAGAGAAAGCGGCCAAGGAAGCGGAAAAGUUCGGUAAAAUCAAUUGGGUCGUGCCGAAAUCAGAUAAAUAUAGAGGUGUACCUGCUGAAAAUACUUGGAAAUUAACCGAAAACUCAUCGUAUUUUUACUAUUGUUCUAAUGAAACUAUUCAUGGUAUUGAACUUGAAGAUAUUCCUUCGAUUGUACCAAAAGACACGCCAAUUAUUUGUGAUAUGUCAUCAAACUUUUUGACUCGUUCAUUCGAUAUCACAAAAUUCGCUAUGGUAUUUGCCAGUGCUCAAAAGAAUUUCGGUGCAAGUGGUCUCGUUCUCGUUAUUGUACGAAAAGACCUUGUGGAAAAGAAUACAAAUAAUUCUAUUCCAGUUACUUUUGACUACAAAGUUCAAAUCGCCAAUGCAUCUAUGUACAACACACCACCAACAUUUUCAGUUUAUAUUGCCAACAAGAUGUUCAGCUGGACAAAACGACAGGGUGGUUUGAAAUCAAUGAACCAACUCUCCGAUAAGAAAUCCAAAGUUGUCUACGAGACGAUUGAUCAAUCAAAUGGUUUUUACUCGAAUGUUAUCGAGAAUAAAUAUCGAAGUCGUGUUAACAUUCCAUUACGCAUUAUGAAAGAUGGUACAGCGAAUGAAAAACUCGAAUCAUCAUUUCUCAGCGAAGCAGUCAAAUCGAAUAUGAUUGAAUUAAAAGGUCAUCGUGCUGUUGGCGGUAUUCGCAUCAGUCUUUACAAUGGUGUUAGUUUACAAGAAACAACUAAACUUGUUGAUUUUAUGCGUACAUUUCAAAAAAAUAAUAGCUAA